CUAUUUCGACACCAGAUGUCGCGAGUAAUGCCAAAGGUAACCAGAAGAUAUCCUAGAUAUGGGGUAAUGCUGCAGUGCGUAAAAGACGUUGCCGGUACCGGCAUUAGUAUACGUUUAAGAAUUUGCGACGUUUCACGCGUCACCUAAUGGGGGAUUUUAAUUUCGGAAUUUCAUCUAAUGUAGUUAGUGCAAUCUCACCUGUCGAUUAUAAACAAAACAGCAUUUCGAAAUCAUAUUUUAGUAACGAUUCAGUAACGCAUAAUAUGCCUGAUGAACUGCUCGUGGAAAAGACGACUAUUUCCUCCACAGGUAAACAAACCGAUCCUCCAUCCUCAAACGGAGAGAUAAUCGUCAGCAAUGGGGACAGAAAUCUUGAUGAUUUCACUAGUGCUAAUGUUAAAAACGAAGAUCCUGAACUUUCAAUAAAUAAUCAACAAGAAAAACAAAUUAAUGAAGUGACAUCAACUGCUGGAAGUGGAAAUUCCAGCACACCUCUGCAAUUAGAAUUUUCUGACUGUGCUACUACAGCUUCUGCCCCUAGUUUUUGGUCAGGAAUCACCGGUGAUGAUAAUUUUAAUCCAGGUGUUUCUCCUUUAAAAAAUACCCUUUCAUUUCAAAACUUUCCUAAUGUUUCAAACCAAAUUUAUAAUUCUAGUCUAGGAGCUCAAAUUAGUUUACCACAAUCUUUACCACCUCAACGAAGGGCUAUUACCGGUGCUCACAAUUUUAGUCAAAACAGGCAUCAACAACCUCAAUCAAAUAUGUUAAAGACUUUUUCCAAUUGGAAUAAUUCACAGAACACUUCUUGGUCUGCACCACAAACUCCAAAUGGGUUAUUACCGUGGAAUACUGUUAACUUAGUGAACCAAAAGAGAACGGUACCGAAUAUCAAUCCAGUUUGUACUCAGAAAAAAACUCCCCCUGCAAUAGGCCAACAUUCAGUGGUCAUAUCACCGUCCAAAUUCAGACGAAGUACUUCAUUGCCUUUAGGAAAACAAUUUCCUCAUUCAUUUGGAGCGAAUCAUGGUUUUGACAUGUCCUCUCUUGAUGAAAAUAGAGAUGGGAACAUAGUCUUUCCAUUUCAGGAUCACCAGCUGACCAAUAACAUGCAAUCAAAUUCCAUGGAUGCCUUGCGAUUUCCAGUGGAACAACAGCUACUGGAUAUUAUGAGAACAACUAAUGCAGAUAACCAAGAUCAUUUUAAAGGAUAUAUGAGUUACAGCACUAACAACAUUCAAAGUAUGGGAAACAUGCAAGGUUCAUCUGUGGAAUUUGGCUCUCAGAAAUACAAUGGUAGCAAGAAAUUUCCUAGAGCUAGAAGUUUUGGAAGGCGAAGAGGCAGAUCACCUUUUUUUACUGGAAUUGAAGACAAUCACCUUUUAGAUGAUGUUCAGUUAGAUCAAAUUGUUACUUCAUUUAAUUCUCUACAUAUGUCACCAAAUACAAGUAGAAGCUCUGAAAGCAAUGAAAGAUAUUCACGUAAAGUAUUUGUUGGUGGUUUACCCCCAGAUAUUGAUGAAGAAGAAAUAACAGCUAGCUUCCGUCGAUUCGGUCCACUGGUUGUUGAUUGGCCCCAUAAAGCUGAAAGUAAAUCAUAUUUUCCACCUAAAGGUUAUGCAUUUCUUCUCUUCCAAGAUGAAUCAUCUGUUCAAGCUUUAAUUGAUGCUUCUAUUCAAGAGGAUGACAAACUUUAUUUGUGUGUUUCUAGUCCUACAAUCAAAGACAAACCGGUUCAGAUUCGUCCAUGGCGAUUAAGUGAUGCAGAUUUUGUGUUGGAUGCAUCUAUGCCUCUUGAUCCCAGAAAAACAGUUUUUGUUGGAGGUGUUCCUCGUCCUCUUAAAGCAGUCGAAUUGGCUAUGAUCAUGGAUCGUUUAUAUGGAGGAGUAUGUUACGCUGGUAUCGAUACAGAUCCGGAGUUAAAAUACCCCAAGGGUGCUGGCCGAGUUGCAUUUUCAAAUCAGCAAAGUUAUAUAGCUGCAAUCAGUGCUCGAUUUGUUCAAUUGCAGCAUGGUGAUAUUGAAAAAAGGGUUGAAGUCAAGCCAUAUGUUCUAGAUGAUCAAAUGUGUGAUGAAUGUCAAGGAUCUCGUUGUGGGGGGAAAUUUGCUCCAUUUUUUUGUGCAAAUGUUACAUGUUUACAAUAUUAUUGUGAGCAUUGUUGGGCAACCAUUCAUUCUAGGCCUGGACGUGAGUUUCACAAGCCACUUGUAAAGGAAGGAGCUGAUCGUCCGAGAGCUGUUCCUUUCCGUUGGUGUUAAAGCAAAAAGUUUUAUUUUUAUUUAUUUCUAAAGAGUUUUUACACAAAUUUAAAUAUUUCAUUUAUUUUAGCAUUUUGCUACCUGUUGAAAGAUUUCUUAAAAUAAUUUUAUGUUCCUAUAUGAUUAUUAAUGACUAAACAUAUGUUUAUAUCUGUUUACAUUGAUAACUAGUCAUUAAAGUACUUUAUUUAUACAAACUUUUUUAUAUCUGUAUGUAACUAAUGUGUGUGUGCAAAUAAUUCACAUAUAUUUAUAAUUUGUUAAUGUUACUCUAAUUAGGUUUUGUUAUGUAGAAAAAUAAUUUUUAUAUUUCUUGAAAAAGAAAUUUUUCUGCUGUUCAUUAUUCAUAUCAAAAUGUUGUGAAUUCUAUUUUUUGCUAGUGCAUUUGUUAAAACAAAUUGUGGACACUAUGUAAACUUCUUCAAUAAUCCAAACCAUGUUAUUUGUUUCUAUAAGCCAUAUCUGAGCAUGAUUUUUAUAUUAGAUUCAUCUCAAUUGUCUAAUUUCAUCUACUUUUACCAAAAUGGUAUAAAUGUCAAAAAAUAUAUAAUUUUAUUAUUAGUAUUUACCCUCCUUUAUGAAUAUAAAUUUAAAAGUAAGCAUUGAAAAAUUGCCUUGUUAUCAGUUUUUAGAUACUUUUUAUAUACAUGUAAUCAAUACAUUUUAAAACACUGA